AAUCUUAAGAUGGCAGUGUUGGCACGCCACAUUUCUAUCGCAGGUGAAGAAUACCGUUCCCUCCCUAGUCCCUGCGUCUAGACUCCAGACCGAGUGAUCAGCCGGCUUGUCUUUUUAAUUAUCGGGGAAAGCCACGCCAUUAACAGAUACACGGAGAUAGAAUGGCGAGAGCGUUACUCUUCCGUACCUCUUCCAUCCGUUCAGUCAUUCGCCACACAAAGUCAUUCUCAUCUUCUGCUUUUUCUUCAAAUCCUUCUUUGCAUCCUUGCAUCAACAAAACUUCAAUCGUCCCUCCACUGCCUUCGAAACCCUUUUCAAAUCCCACCUCUCACCAGUCUUUCAACUUUUUCUUCCCAUCCCGAUCCCACUCUUCAUCCCCAGUAAAUCCAGGUUCUUCGAACAUUGUUCUUAUUAAAUCAGAAGAAGAGUUCAACAGUUCUCUUAAAAGGGUUAAAGAUGACAAAUUGCCAGCAAUUUUCUACUUCACUGCAGUAUGGUGUGGGCCUUGCAGGUUCGUUUCUCCUGUUGUAGAAGAGUUCGGGAAGAAAUACCCGCAUCUUACCAUAUAUAAGAUUGAUAUUGAUCAGGAGGGGCUUGAGGACACAUUAAGCGAGUUAAAUAUUACCUCUGUGCCAACGUUUCACCUUUUUUGUAAUGGGGCAAAGGCUACUGAAGUAAUCGGUGCUGAUGUUGCACGUCUAAAAGCUACCGUGGAAAAGCUCUACGAGUAAUUACUUGGUGAGAAUGAAAGCACAGCCGAUAAAAAGAGGGCGUCAUUGCUGAAACUAUACGGGGACUAAUCUGGAACAUGUUAUAAGCUGGUUGUAUAGUACAAGUACAAUUUCAUUGUACGUGGAACAUAUGCAUGGGUUAAAAUAUGCUGUUUUUAACUUAUUCUUAGUAAGCAUUUGAUUUAAUUUAACCUGACUAGAUGUCACAAGUUAUUUGAUUCAAGUAUUUUAUUUCCUGGGACU